AUGGAUUAUCUAUUUUGGAGAAUGUCAAAGGAGGAGGAUUUCAAUUAUUAUCCAUGGAUUUUAUGGUAUAUCUGGAAGGCUAGAAAUGACAAGGUUUAUUCAAAUAAGGAUGGCAAUCCACAGGAGAUAUUGCGGAGGGCUGAUGUGGGAUGUAAGAUAUGGAUGGAGGCACAGUUAACCGUGAAUAGUCCUAUUGAGAAUUCUUAUAGUGGAAGCUUACAACAAUCUGCGACUCUCGCCCUGGAAGGCGCUAGAGUUUGUUAUAUUGAUGGUGCUUGGAAAGAGGAAGACAUGUUUACGGGACAAGGAUGGUUUUGUAAAAAAAGUGACUCGACCGAUGUCAUGAUGGGGGCAAUGAAUCUUCGUAGAAGUUUGUCACCCUUGCAUGCUGAAUUUGAAGCACUAAUUUGGGCAAUGGAAUGCAUGAAGACCCUCCAAUUUUCUGACGUAGUGUUUGCGACGGAUUGUUCUCAGUUGGUGAAGAUGGUGUCGACACCCGAUGAAUGGCCUGCUUUCUCUACACACAUGGAAGAAUUCAACUGCAGUAAGAUUUUCUUCCCACACUUCCGGAUCAGACAUAAUCUUAGAGCGCAAAAUACCUUGGCGGACAAGCUUGCACGCGGUGCGAGGAGUUCUCCUUCUGCUUUGCUUUAUGUCGAUUCAACCCCACCGGUUUGGCUUGUCAGACCGGCAGGAGUUUCUAGUUAUUUCUUUGUUUGA